UUGAAAAUAUUUAUGUAUUUAUGAUCAUGUUCAGACUAUGAGAGCAUAGUCACCUUUACCUUAUACAGUAUCUCUGUAGAAUAGAAGCCUUUUCUCUUCAUUUGUUACAGUGAAACUAAGUAGAAAGCCAUAAAUAGGCAAAUGAAGCAGACGAGUGCAUAGACAAAAUCAUCAGCCAUGAAAACAGCAUACCUUUUUCUUGCAUAUCUUUCUCUCCUAACACUGUGUCUGACUCCUUCAAGAGCAUCCACAACUGAAGCAGAGGCUUUGAUGAGAUGGAAAUCCAGCCUAUCAUCAUCUGCUUCUCUCGAGUCAUGGUCCCUCAACAACAUCACCAACCACUGCAGAUGGAUCGGCAUUCGCUGCAACGGCGGGGGAUCUGUCUCGGGGAUUGAUCUCCCCGGUGCAGACCUUGAAGGGACAUUGGACCUGUUCAAUUUCACUGCAUUGCGGAAUCUCACCACUUUCAACCUCAAUGGGAAUGCUCUCAACGGCUCCAUACCAGCUGCUGUUGGCAGCCUCUCAAGGCUCACUCUCUUGGACCUCUCCAGCAAUCUGUUUGACGGCGCCAUUCCACCAGAGAUCGGCCGCUUGACAGAGCUUCGAUACCUGAGCUUCUCCAACAACUAUAUGGUUGGAGAAAUCCCAUAUCAGAUUGGCAAUCUGAGGAAGGUUAGCUUCUUGGAUUUGGGCUCCAAUUACUUUAAAAGUUCUGACUGGUCUAGAUUUUCCACUUUCCCUUUCCUAACUCACCUUAAUCUUUACUACAAUUCUCUCACCUUGGAAUUUCCACACUUCAUAACCACCUGUCUCAACCUUACUUUCCUUGAUUUGUCUCUAAACAACUUCACAGGCCAAAUUCCUGAAUCAUUAUUCACCAAUUUGGUCAAACUUGAAUAUCUUAACCUCACCGCCAAUUCUUUCCAAGGGCCCCUCUCACCAAAUAUCACUAACCUCUCCAAGUUGAAGGAUCUGAAGCUGUUCAAUAAUUCGUUUACAGGAGAAAUCCCUCCUUCUAUAGGCCUAGUCACAAAUCUCCAAACUCUAGAUCUUGGAAUGAACAGCUUCAACUCCUCAAUUCCCCAGGAGCUUGGCCUGUGUAACAAGCUGACCUACUUAGCUUUAGCCCAGAAUUCAUUCUCGGGGCCUUUGCCACCAACCUUAUCAAACCUGAACAAUUUAACUGAGCUUGGACUUUCUGGUAAUAGGCUGACUGGUGAAAUAUUGCCCCGUUUCAUCAAAAGUUGGACCAAACUAAUCUCACUGCAAGUUCAAGGCAAUGAAUUCAGUGGGGAACUUCCAUCAGAGAUAGGCCUGCUCACAAACCUCAAUUAUCUGUUUCUCUUUAACAACUCUUUUUCAGGCUCAAUCCCACCAGAAAUAGGAAACCUACAAAAUUUGUUGGGGCUGGACCUUUCAACCAAUAACUUUUCAGGUGAAAUACCUCCAACAAUUGGAAAACUCACAAAUCUCCAAAUCAUAAACCUUUUCGCAAACAAUCUGACCGGAACCCUCCCCCCCAUUGGAGAUCUAAUGUUCCUAGACACUCUUGAUAUCAGCUCCAACCGAUUGAGUGGGGAGUUGUCUCCAUCCAUAUCGAGCCUUGGCAAUCUCACGACUCUAAAGAUGUUCGGAAACAACCUCUCAGGCCGCCUCCCGCGGGACCUGGGUAAAAACAGUCCUUUUUUGUCCAAUGUUAGCCUUUCGUUCAACAGCUUCUCUGGGGAGCUGCCCUCAGAGUUAUGCAGUGGCUUUAACAUUGUAGAAUUAACAGCCACCGGAAACAGGUUUUCAGGGCCACUUCCAGAGUGCUUGAAGAACUGCUCAGGCUUAAGUAGAGUGCGGCUGGAAGGCAACCAAUUAUCUGGAGAUAUUUCAGAGGCUUUUGGAAUCCAUUUACAGUUAGAUUUCCUCUCUCUCAGCAGAAACCAAUUUACUGGCCAACUUACACCAAAGUGGGGACUGUAUCCGCUGCUCACAAACAUUCAGUUAGACCACAACAGAAUCUCCGGAGUGAUCCCGGCUGAGAUGGGGAACCUUACUCAGCUGCGCGUUCUUGCCUUGGAUUCAAACCAAAUCACAGGUGAAAUCCCUGCUGAACUGGGAAUGCUUGGGGAGCUGAUAGCUUUGAAUCUGAGCAACAAUGCCUUGAGUGGAGAAAUCCCACAAACUGUUGGCCAAUUGACAAGGCUCCUGCGUCUCGAUUUAUCAGGAAAUAAACUCACAGGAGGCAUCCCAGCGGCGCUUGGGAACUGCGAAAGAUUGCUGAGCUUGAGCUUGAGAAAUAACUUCAUUUCAGGGAGCAUCCCAUUCCAACUUGGAGGGUUGACGAGCUUACAAGUACUGCUGGAUAUCAGUAAUAACGCAGUUUCAGGGACGAUACCACCUUCCUUGGGAAAGCUUACCUCUUUGGAAAUUCUCAACGUGUCUCACAACAAUCUUUCAGGGAGAAUUCCAGCAGAAUUGUCUGGAAUGGUCAGUCUGAUAACGUUUGAUUUCUCCUACAACAAUUUGUCUGGCCCAAUCCCCACUGGGGGUGCUUUUAGGGAAGCACCUGCAGGAGCAUUCGGAGGAAACACUGGUUUGUGUGGAGCUGCACAAGGAUUAACAUCUUGUGAUGAAAACUCACCAAGUCGAAAUAGGACAAAGAUUCUUGCUGCUAUAAUUGGUUCAGUUGCUAGCCUACUGGUUUUGGCAACCACCAUUGCUGUAUGUCUCAUCCUUCGGAGGAAAGCCAAGAAAGAUGACCAAGAAAGCAAGGGCAGUGCCACAUACGAAUAUUCUGAGUCACUCAUUUGGGAGAGAGAUGGGAAACUGACUUUUGGAGAACUUGUGAGGGCAACUGAAGAUUUUGACGAAAAAUAUUGCAUUGGAAGAGGAGGAUUUGGAAGCGUCUACAGAGCUGAAUUGGAUGCUGGACAGGUUGUAGCAGUCAAAAGGCUCAACAUAUCAGAUCCAAGUGAUACCCCACCGAUAAAUCGCAAUGCUUUUGAGAAUGAAAUUCGAACACUGACAGAAGUGCGACACAGGAACAUAAUCAAGCUCUAUGGGUAUUGCUCCAAGGAGGGUUCGAUGUACUUGGUCUAUGAGUAUGUCGAGAGAGGUAGCUUGAGGAAUAUUCUGUGUAAUGAUGAGAAAAUCACGGAACUAAGCUGGGCAACGAGGGUGAAGAUUGUUCAAGGAGUGGCACAUGCGCUUGCUUACUUGCAUUAUGAUUGCUCCCCUCCCAUUGUACACCGUGAUGUAACAAGCAGCAACAUUUUACUGGAGUUCGACUUGGAGGCAAAACUCUCGGAUUUUGGUACAGCAAAAUUACUGGCCUCGGACUCAUCAAAUUGGACGACAGCAGCUGGCUCUUAUGGUUACAUGGCACCAGAGCUAGCACUUACCAUGAAGGUCACAGAGAAAUCAGAUGUAUACAGCUUCGGAGUGGUGGCGUUGGAGGUUAUGAUGGGAAGACAUCCAGGGGAGCUCAUAUCUUCACUAUCAGAAAAGGCAGCAUUGGAUGGUAAUCCAGAACUAUUUCUGAAGGACUUGAUUGAUCAGCGGCUUUCACCUCCCACUGGAAUAAUGGCAGAGGAAGUGGUUUUUGUAAUAACUACUGCAUUGUCAUGCAUAAGGACCGCCCCAGAGUUGCGGCCAAACAUGCGUUCUGUUGCACAGGAUCUGUCAGCUCAUACACAGGCAUACUUACCAGAGCCUCUGGGAACAAUUAAAGUGAGCAAACUGUCAAGUUACUCAAAAUAGUGGAAAUUAUGUAAUCAAGAACUGUACAUGAAUAAGUUUUUUUUUAAGUGCCACCAAGAUAUCAAGAAGUGUUAAUAGAUUUAUCUACUGAGUAAA